AUGUAUUCGGACAAUGCCCAAACAUUCAGAUGCGUCUCGAAACACUUGAAAGUCUUAAGAUCCGACCCAGCGAUCCACGACCUUCUGGCAAUGCGGAAAACCGAAUGGAUUUUCUCGGCCAGCCUAGCCCCAUGGUGGGGAGGGUUCUGGGAGCGCAUGGUGCGGACGAUGAAGGAUUUGUUGAGGCGCUCCAAUGGUCGUGCAUGUCUGGAAUACGACGAGCUAGAGGUUAGUCUCAUUGAAACCGAAAGCGUGGUGAAUGCACGGCCACUCACCUACGUGGCAGAAGGGAGCGACGACCCGCUCCCCAUCACCCCGAACCAGUUUCUCAACAAUAGGCGUUCGAACUGCACUCCGCCGGAGCCAGCCGAAAACCUCAUGGCUCCCGACGCAACCAAUUUGAAACUGCUGGAAAUGGAUCGUCAACGUAGGGAGUAUGUCAGCGAUAUCUGCGAACGAUUUGUGACGGAUUACCUUCUCCAAAUCGACAAGUUCCACUGUAAAGGGGGACCCGGCCGCAAGAUCCGGGUAGGAGAAGUUGUCAUCAUUCACGAUGACAACACCAAGCGCCUUAUGUGGACGAUAGGAGUAGUGAAGGAGCUAAUCACUAGCAGAGACGGGUUGAUCCGUUCGGUUAUGGUCAAGACGCCGAACGGGAAUCUUAUCAACCGUGCCAUUCAAUCAUUACACCCCUUAGAGCUACGUGAGGAUCAGCCGGACGACGUCGAAAUUCCACCUACGCCAGAGCUGGAAUUGGAACCAGAAGAAGCAACUCCACCCGUGGCCGCCGCAGAUCCAGUCGAGCAGGGAGAGCCGUGGACCACGGGCUCUGGUGGGGAGUGUGUUGGGAAUAUAUCUCGUUCCCAACAUCCGACAACACGAACUGGAAGACGGACACGACUUCCAUUACGUUUUAUUGAAUAUGAUUUG